GGUUUUAUUUGCCAGCGGGAAGUGGCAAAAGGAGGAAGUGCCCGGUGAGAGGGAGGGAAGCCAGAGGCCCAGGAGACGUGGGAGUGGAGCAUGCAGCCUGCUCUUGCUGGCAGGCUCCACCAAGGUGGCUCGGUGUGAGAAGAUGCAGUUGUCGUUGCUGGUCCCCUUCCUCCUCUGGAUCUCAGGCGGCUCCACUACUCAGGAGGUCACAGGUCCAGCAGAGGUGAGAGGUCAGGAGCAGGGCUCCUUGACAGUGCAGUGCAGAUAUAACUCAGGCUGGAAGGAUUACCAGAAGUACUGGUGCCAAGGAGCUUAUCGGAAAUCAUGUGAGAUUCUCGUUGAAACCGAUGCAUCAGAACAGAUGGUGAAGAAGAACCGUGUGUCCAUCAGGGACGACCAGACACGCUUCAUCUUCACGGUGACCAUGGAGGAUCUGAGGAUGAAGGAUGCUGGCAUUUACUGGUGUGGAAUUACAAAAUUUGGAAAUGAUCACAUGUUUGAAGUGAAUGUGAACAUUGACCCAGCAACCCAAGCACCCAUUACAGUGCCAACCACGCCCCCCAUCACCUCCACCACCACCAUCUCCACAGUGACAACCGCGGCAAAAGAGACCAGCAUGUUUACAACGCUGACCAGCUACUACUCUGAUGACAGGCAUGGCAGUGUUGACAGUGACAACAGUGGUGAUGGUGGCGACAGUGAUGGGUUUCUGGACCUCGGUGUGCUCCUCCCAGUCAUCUCUGCAGUCCUGUUACUUCUCCUGCUGCUGGCCUCGAUCUUCGCUUGGAGGAUGGUGAGGAGACAGAAGAAAGCUGCUGGGCCAUCCUCAGAGCAGGUACAGUCUCUGGAGGGUGAUCUCUGUUAUGCGAACCUGUCCCUGCAGCAGCCCAGAACCUCCCCUGGCUCCUCUUGGAAAAAGGGUUCCUCCAUGUCCUCCUCUAGCAAGAACCACCAAGAGGAAGUGGAAUACGUCACCAUGGCUCCCUUUCCCAGGGAGGAGAUUUCAUACGCCGCUCUGUCUUUGGCCGGCUUGGGUCAGGAGCCUACGUAUGGUAACACCGGAUGCCCAGUCACCCACGUUCCCAGGACAGACUGUGAAGAGACUACAGAGUACAGUAGCAUCAAGAGGCCCUUACCUGGGGCCAUGCCUUGAUGUUGGUCCCUGAAGGCAGCCUGGAGCCUGAGUCUGCACAUCUGCCUUGUACCUGCUUCCUUACCAGGCCUAGCUGGUGACUGGAACUCUGUCCAUCCAUCUCUCAUGGCCUGCUUCUCUACUUUGAGCUGGGAGUUCAGCCUUAGGGCGUUCCAGGGAGUUAAGGCUCCUUCUACAUCCCCACAUAUACCCUAUGUACCAUGGAAGGUAUCAGGAAGGCAGGCUGCUUCAGGGAUGUUGUGUAAAUCGUAGCAACGAUGACAAUGAUGGAAAUUAACCUUUAUUUAUUGUUUCUCAUAUGGGUCCCCUUGGACAUUUUCAUCCUCAUAUGGAUAAUCCGUGAAUUAUUUUAUACAAAGAAAUACAGGUGCACAUGUGUUUAAGUUAGGGUUUUGAGAUGAGUCUGUUAUCCAAGUAGGCCCAAAAUAAAACCACAAGGGUCCCUUUUAAGGAGGAAUAGAGGAAGUUAGAGAGAGAGAGAGGGAGAGGGAG